GGAUCGCCAUACCGCAUCCACAGCGAACUACAGCUCUGCAUGGCACAGUAAGUUUAGCGGUUGAAUCGCGAUAGACAACGCAGCUUCCAGCAGGAGUUCCGCGCCUUUCCCACAGCUCUACGCUCACAACUUCGCGCGUUUAGCGUUCCCAUGUCCUACAAGAGGUCACGCGCCACUUACGAGGCCGAUCUUACUGCGCAGCAAUCCCCUUUCGUCCUUUACGGCACGCCACUUCCACCACUCGACCCCGAGGUCCGCGAUGAUGGUUCCUACGUACCGCUCUGGAAGCAGGAGGUGAGGGACGAACGGGGAAGGAAGAGGCUCCACGGCGCAUUCACAGGAGGAUGGAGCGCAGGCUACUUCAACACCGUCGGCUCCAAGGAAGGAUGGACGCCUUCAACGUUUGUCUCUUCCCGGACCAAACGGCACAAGGAUGACCCUGGCGCGACUCAACAACGUCCCGAGGACUUCAUGGACGAGGAGGAUUUGGCCGAUGCUGAAGAACACAAGAGAAUCCAAACCCAGGCCGCAUUUUCCGGUUUGGGUACAACCGCGGAUGAUGCCACGAGGGCGAGCGCCCUCAUGGGCCUCUUUCGUGUAGAAGGGGAAACUAUGGGCACUAAGCUUCUCAAGAAGAUGGGGUGGAAGGAAGGUCAAGGUAUCGGCCCCAAAAUCCGGAGGCAGGCACGCCUUGACCUUCGUACCGACAACAACGACGCCGGCGAGACGUACCUUUUCGCGCCAGAGAACGUGACGAUGAUCAGCUUCGUCCGCAAAACCGACCACAAGGGCCUUGGCUAUGCAGGAGAGACGAACCUGGCGCCCAUUGGCCUCUCCACCCAAACCAUAGGGGCAGAUGAUUCUGAGGAGGAUGACUAUGGUCAAGGUAUGGGAAAACUUGGACGCCCUAAAUUCACGCUAGGCGCAGGGCGCAAGAAAGAGCGAGACAAGAGCCGGGGAGGCAUCGGGGUUGGCAUUUUGAAUGAUACCGGGUCCGAUGACGAGGACCCCUACGAGAUCGGCCCUCGAAUAUCCUACAACCGCGUGAUAGGAGGGGAUAAAAAGAAGAAGAAAACCACAACGCCCGUGAAUCCCACCUUAAGAACAAAGCCGACCUUCACAUCGUCCAAGAAGCCACAGUUAGCGAAGAUUUCGCUGGGAGUACGGAGAUGCCACGACGGCCGACUUCCUCCAGAGGGGUUCAUUUUUGGCAAGGAGGCCGACGCCCUGACGUCCGAAAUCAAUGCCGAAGGGAAGUAUCCUCCUCCGAAGGUGCCGCCAGGUUGGGUACCAGCAAAACAAGCCAAACCACAGGAAGGUUCAACAUGUUAUGUCUCUACAGCAGACGCUGCCAAAGCGUCAACGCUUGAUCCGAAGGCUCGCGCCGCCAUACUCGGUGAAAAGCAGCUUCCUGGGAAGUCCGUCUUCGACUUCAUGUCCGCGGAAGCAAGGGAACGGCUAGCCGCUGUAACUGGGAGGCCCGACUUGCCUCCCGCGCGAGGCGAGGUUCCUGCAGGACACGCACUCAGCGAAUCAGACCGCUUGCAGGAACUCCUCAGCCGAGUUCCAAAACUGGAUAAGGAGUCAGCCGUUGCGGCCCUCUCAAGAGGUGCCAGCGGCAACGCACCUUACGCAGAUGAUGAAGCGAAGCGCUCGAGAUAUCUUUCUUUCCUUGAGUACCAGGCCGGCUUCAAGGAGACGCCGGGAAUACAGCCCACGAAGAUGAACAGCGAGGAGUGGUUGAGAGAAAUGCACGAGUUUUAUAACUGUGCGAGGAUCUUCAAGCCCAUGACUGGUUUCAUGGCUAGUCGAUUUACGACCUCGAGGACGAAGCCCAGUCCUCAGUCCGGGGAUGGAGAAAGCGGAAAGGAUCUGCUCUCGAAACCUCAACCGAAGCCUGAGGAUCCCGCUGAAGAAGCGGCAAAAUUGGGUAUGUUUGGGCCGAUGACCAGGUCUAUCGCCGAUUUCUAUCCCACUCGGCUACUAUGCAAGCGUUUCAACGUGAAGCCUCCCGCGCACGUUCAACCCGAUGACUACCCGCCUGCUUCGGGGCCGGGCAAGGAGAAGUAUGACUUCGGCUCCAAACCUAAUACUUAUCAGGGCUAUGGGUUUUCGCACCAGGAGCCCGUGGCGCAGGAGUAUGGCUUUGUCCCUGCCUCAUCGCACGGUACUCCGAGAGAACGAGAAGAUAUCUCUCAACCAGCCGCAGUAGCCGAGGAGGUGGUCGUCGACUCGACUAGAAACGAGGCUCUGGAAGGGAAGAGGGCCGGAGAGGAUGUGUUUAGAGCUAUAUUCGGGGACAGCGAUGAUGACGAGGGUUGAGCGACACUCAGCGUAAGGAUAGGGGGAUCCGCUUGUCUAAGUCAUCAUUGAUAUGGCCGAGCAAACA